CCCCUAAACAGACUCCUGUAGGAGAGGCACAUCCUGUUCUUUGUGACAUGGGUGUGGGGGGUGAGGAAGUGGAUCCCCCAAGGUGUGUGAUGGUGACGGAAUGACCUAAGAGUUCACCACGGGUCCUCUCUUCUGCCGACACAGGAACUCCAUCCACGGCCACAGCCAGCUCUAGCUCACACCCGCCUGGUGUGGAGGCAGCCCACACUGCUCUGGACAGUCCUCUGCGUGCUGGAGGUGAACCUCAGGGGCGUCUCAGUCCCCACCAGCCCCCUUAUCCAGCUCCUGACAGCGGGGAACACACACCCAGGACUGCCCACAUACCCAGUAGCUCUAAGCCCAUUUAUGAGUCACUGCCCAGAUCCCCAAUCAGUCCUGACACCGUGACAGCCCCGAGGUCCAAGCUUGUCAUCAAGGUGGAGACCAGUCCUCCCACUCUCCUGGUCUACAUGCCCACCACCGAGUGCGUACCCCGCUCUGGCCUCAUCAUCACCACCCCCCACCCCACCACCCCCUGUGCAGCCCUGACCUAUGUGCCCCUGACCAACUCUUACACCACCUCUCCCAAGACUGACAAGCUGGUGACAACCGUCACCUCUGGUAGGAAAGUGACCUCAUCCGCGACCUCUGCUUCCACUGUUGCCGUUGCGGGGGACACCACCACAGAAUUGUCCCCACCUUCUUCCUCUGUCUCAACCGUACACACAACCCAAGAUACCCUGACCUCUUCUAUCACAGAAACCACAGACAUGAUCACCACGGCCCCGACAGGUGUGCGUGCAACACUGUCCCUCACUCCGGGAGCGACUUAUCUGUCUGCUACAGGUCCUUCUCCAGUUCCUACAAAAACCUCCUUAACAACAGUAACUGGUAACAUUGCCCCACCCGGCACCAGUGCCUUGACCACCACAGGCAUCACUACCACACCAUUUCCUACUGCAAGUAAUUCUCUCAAAACAGAAACUUCCUCCACCCAUUCCCCGGGCACCACCAGUACAUCAACACCUUUUGCUUCCGUUGCUAAGGAAACAACCACUCAAGCGGGUGAGCCGUCCUCAGGGAUGACAAUAACGAACUCUGGGGAAGUCACACGUAAACCUAUGAGUGACAGUCCCAGAGACACUGUCAGCACAGCAUCUUCCCACCCAACCAUGUCACCCACCGGCAAGGGGACGGUUUUGCCGUCUGACAUGAUGGCUUCCUCAGUGACCUCCAGAAUUCUAACGUCACUACCAAGUACGGUUCUGCCUUCUAAACCUUCUGAUAUUGACUCCACCUCUAGAACGCCCGCACCUGGGAUGAUCUCAAUGUCCACUCCCCCAGGUCUUGGGAUGACUUCCCAAAGCGCACACACACCAUCCGCACAUGGUCCAGACAUCUCUACCACAACGCCAGCAGCUCCCAGCCACAUGCCUGCAGGCACAACAGGUCUCCUGCCCAUGACGACGAGUCUCAGGCCAGCAAAAACACCUUCUUCUAGUCUGUCAGCACCAAGUGUGACACUCACGUCUGAAACCCUGUCACCUAGUAAAGGCAUCCACACCUUUAGGAGCACAAGUCUUAGCACGUCAUCUAUGGGUGACACUGUUCCAUGGGGCACCAUGACGGACGCCACCUCAACCCAUAAAGCUUCUGGUACGCCAGCAACACACACCAGUUUCAUCCCAUCGUACCCCACCACGAAGAACAGUGGUACACUUACUAACGAAUCUCAUCCCACAACUUCCAGUAUGGUGACUGCCCUUCCAAAUACUGAAGGUACCGGAAAUACCGCAGGUGCCCCAGAGACAAGUAUUCCAGUCACAUCUUCACUGUCCUCCUCCGUAUUCUCCAGCAGUGCUGGGUCCUCACAGACGGACAGUGUGUCAUCAGCUCCACCCAUCACCCAUACGCUCCACGCGACAGCAGAGUCCACCCCAGCACCCAGCACCACACUCAGGGCCCCCACAUCUGCAGAGCCUCCUCCUCCUCCCUCAGCAGUGACUGCAGCAGGCCAGCCCCCCUCCCCCACCUCUGCCGCCACAUUCACGGGAGACACCACACCGAAUCCCACCACAGACCUCCUGGUCACUUUUUCGGGUGCCCCCACAGAUGCGUGGCUCUCUGGGCUGUCCAGCAUCUCCCCUCCCAUGAGCACCACUGUGCUGACGUCACCCACAAGCAGGAUUCUUUCCUCUACAUCUGUCCCAAGCACGCAGCCUGUCACCCCUGGCGUGAUACACACCACCCCUUUAUCGACCUUGACGAUGACGACAGCGCUUCCGGCUACCGAUGCCACAUCUACAGCGGUGUCUCAGGCCAACUCUCCCAGCUUUCCAGGUACCGCUGUUGGAGACUUCACACAAGAUAUCACCUCUCCUACAGCCACCACACAUGCGCCGAGGCCUGACCCCUCCGCCACGCCCACCUGGAUCUCUUGGCCCACCUCAGAAGCAGCCGGAUCUGCUACCACACACUUGGUCACCACAGCUCCCCCGGCGUCUCCUCCCAGCAGCCCUAGCCUCACCACAGCCUCCGACACUUACUCCACUCACAGAGCACCCACAGCCGCGACCUCCUCACAUCCCGACACCCCUGGUGCCAUGGAGACGCUCCUGUCUACAACGCUGUCUUCUUCUGGUGCAGGCACCUCCACAGUUUCAGCCACAGCUCUCCACUCCUCUACAGGCAACAGUGGUUCCUCCGCUAUGGCAGCCACCACCUCCACCCCUGCAGAUCCCAGUGUGUCCACCACCCACGCCACCAUGACCGCAUCUUCCCUUUUCGUCAAUAACACAGAGGUAGCAACGCCGAUGAGUACACCCCACACCACCACCCCACGUGUGCCAGCCACUUCUCCAAACACGGGAAACUCCCAAACCCGGUCCCUUGCUGUCACUGUUCCUGCCACAACUACGCUCCCCACCUCGGGGGCUGAUGUCAGUUCUGGGAACACGGAAAGUACACCUUCAGUGCCGAGCAUCCCUCAGACACUCCACGUGACAGCUGAGUCCGCCCCAGUACCCGCCAGCACCACAUCUACAGAAACCCUGUUAACUACCGCCCCCCUGGUUCCUACCACAGACCUUCCCACAGAAUCUCUCAGCACAGAAAUCACAGCCCCUGCCCAGAUCACGUCGACAGUCACACCCUCAGAUCCACUGACUUUUGGGACGGCAAGCAUCUAUCCACCGGUGAGCACCCAAGUGCUGGCUUCCCCCGCCACGACUGCUUUCUCCUCUGUGUCAAGCUCGCGGCCAGUCACCCCUGACGGCGCACACACGGCCCCCUUAGCCACCCUGGAGACCACGUUCCCAACUACCAAAGCCUUGUCUACAGGUACCUCUCAGGCCGCCCCCUUCAGUUCUCUCACCAAUGCCGUGACAUUGUUGACAUCAGGGAGCGUCUCUCCUUCCUCCGUCACAGACACACUGGCCUCCGCCGCGUCUGUCGCUUCCACCUGGCCUUCCUUACCCACCUCAGAAGCAGUCAGGACUUCUACCACACCCAUAGUCACCCUGGCUGCCCAGACCUCAUCUCUCAUCACUCACAGCUCCACAGCCUCCACCAUCUACUCCACAGAGGGGCUCCCCACAACGCCUACCACUUCUGGUGUGACGGACACAGCCACACCCACAGCCCUGGCUUCCCCCACUGUGGACGUCUCUGCCACACCAGUUACAGCUCUCUACACCUCUCCUACGAGCAACACUGUCCCGCUGGUCACAGCAGACAUCACCACAACCCACGAAGGUGGUGCUGUUACGUCACCAACCCACUCCACUCUCGUCCCAUCUUUCUCCAGCCCCCAGAACUCAGAAACAAUGGCAUCUGUCCCUACGAGUCAGGCCACGCCCAGCAGGACAGCUACCCUCUCAGUCACCGGCAACGACUCAAGUUCCUUUGCCACAAGCCUUCCAGUCACAUCUGCUUCUUCCUCGUCCACCUCUGCCAGCUGGACUGGGACCAUCCAGACAGCGGGUGAACCCUCAGCUCCAACCUUGCCCCAUUCUCCCCACACAACUGUUGAAUCCACCCAGAACCUUCUUCAGCACCAUUGUGACGUCCACCACAGACCUUUCCACACCACCUCCGAUGUCAGAAAUGGCAACCACGGCCUCCACCAGCUCUUCAUUUGCCCCUUAGAUACCUUGACUUCUGGGAGGCUCACUACCUCUCCUUCACGGACCACCCAUGCGUUGCCUUCACACACAAGUGGGGUCCCGUCCUCAACAUUUGUCCCAAGCACACAGCCUGUCGCUCCUGGCAGCGCAGACACUCCCCCAUCAUCUACUUUGGCGUCAACACUGCCAACUCCCGAUGCCGCAUCUCUAACCUCAUCUCUAGUCUCUUUCCCCAGCUCUCCAACUAGGCCAGUUACAGAGUCCGUGCUCCAUGUCACAUCUCCUGCCUCCAGCACAGACACGUCUUCCGCUGACAUCUCCUCGACCACCAGGCCCUCUCAGCUCACUUCUGAAACAGACACGACAGCUGCCGCACACACGGUGACCUUGGCUGCUCUGACCCCCUCCCUCACACCUCCCAUCACCACAGCCUCAGAGAGCUACUUGACCGACAGUAUGUCUGCCUCCUCCUCACGUCCCGAGCUCACACCCACAGUCUCCUCCUCACCUAGCACACACCGCCACACCAUCACAGCCACGGCCCUCACCCCCUCACCCCCGGGAAACACUGAGCACACUGUGGCGGGAGGCACCUCUACCCACACCGCUUCCAGCCCUCUUUCCGCCGUCACCCAGAACACAGAAACGCCACGUGUCAGCACACGCCACGCCAUUGCCACCAUCAGGACCGCUAACCCCUCAAGUGCAGGAAACCCCGCCAGUCCACUUGCCACGAGGAUUCCAGCGACAUCUGCAUCCAUCUCUGCCAGCAGUGUGGGCACCACACAGACGGGCAGUGUGCCGUCAGCUCCAGUCACCAGCCCCACGCCCCACACGACGGCUGAGUCCACCUCGACACUCACUACCACCGCCACACUCGCGGCCCCCACACCGACAGAGCCACCCCCUCCUGCUUCCGCCACGACUGGAGCAGGGCAGCCCCCCUCCCCCAUCCCCUCUGCUGCCACGUCCACGGGAGAGAGGACAGUGAGUCCUGCCACGGGCCUGCCUACGGAAUCGCUCAUGACAGACACGACCGUGACUUCCCCAACCACGUCUUCGGUCGCUACCACGGGCCCACUCACAUUUGGGAUAUCCGUGAGCUCUUCUCACGUGACCUCCAGUGUGUUGACCUCACGCACCAGCAGGGCCCUAUCCUCUAUGUCUGUCUCAGGUUCACAACCAGGUUCCCCUGACACAGUGUACAGCACCCCAGUGUCUACCUUGGUGACCUCACUUCCAGGCACUAACGCAACAUGGACAGCUACAGCCCAGGUCACCUCCCCUAGUCCUCCCGCCACAUACUCUGCGUCAGACAGCUCCGCUUUUGUCCCUGUCACCGACACAUCGACCCCCACCACCUUCCUGUCAUCAACCCAGCCAUCUUCACUCAUCUCAGGCACAGCUAUGACUCCCACCGCAGACUUGAUCACCACAGUCACCCCGACUCCCUCUAGGAGCCCCACGGCUUCUUCCAACUCAAACAUGCACUCCACUGACAGUGUGUCUACAACUACCAUCUCCUCACAUCCUACAGCUUCUGGUAACCUGGGGGCCCUGACAUCUAUGACCUCCUCUUUUCCUAGCGAAGGAAUCCCUACCAUUGCCGUUACAAGUCUCUCCUCCUCAUCUACAGGCAACAGUGGUAUGUCUGCUGUGACAGCUACCACCUCAACCUAUACAAGUUCUAGUAUACUACCAACCCACACCAAUAUCAUCCCGUCCUCCUCCAUCAUCCAGAACACAGGGGUUUCACUUCUCAGCACAGCCCACUCCAUUGCCCCUAUCGUGACAGCUGCCGUCACAGCUACUGGGAACACCCCAUCAGGUUCCCUUGGGAUGAGUACCUCAGUUUCACCUGAAAUCUCACUGUCAAAGUCAACUUCUAAAUUUGCCUCUGACUCGGGAACCAAAACGUCUCCUGUUCCUACCAGUAUUUCUCCUACAAGUACCAAUUCCCCGAUCUCUUCUUUUCAAACUCAAAGUCCAUCACCAAACUCCGGUCCUGUCUUGUCAACGUCCCAUGUGCCCACGACAAGCACCGGCUGGUCCACUCUUAGGACUCUCAUGUCCACCUCCACUUUGCUAACUACACUUACUUCCUCAGGUGAGCCCAGAACAGAAUCUCUCCCCAGGGGAAGUACUUCUCCAAAUGCAGCGGUCACUGCUUUUGGUACCUUGAUCUCUUUGACACCCACAGUAAUGAUGUCGACUCCUCUGUCUUUCCCUGCUACUAGUCCAGUGCAAAGUACGACUAGUAAAUCUCCUACGUUCUCCCCUAGUUCCAGUACAGAAGACAGAGUCCCCUCUGCAGUGACAUCCUUCCCUCCUUCUUCAACUACCAGAACUUCUCCAGCCGCCUCAUCACCGACCACAGCUCACACCGAGUCAACCCCCUUCUCUUACAUCUCUCUUCCUCCCACCACAUCCUGUCCAGAAACCAUCACAAUAGUCGCUACCUCUCCACUGACGCCAUGUGUUGACAUCAAUCCCAGCACUGACGUGACAUCUGCUCCCUCUACCCCAUUCUCAGUCAUUCCCUCUACCACGGAAAUGGUCACCUUUUCCAGUUCUACCAGCCAAAGAUCAUUUCUCCCGACGUAUACGGACACUUCUUCCGUGACUCCGGAAACGGAGCCCUCGGGCGUCAUCACUGAUGCUCCUAGCUCGACGGUCACGAGGACCACAGACACAGGCACAGUUCUGACCAGCACCUCAGUGUCCACUAGGGACCACUGGUUGAGCGUCACCUCCACCAUCAGCCCGGAUAUGCCCGGCUCUGUCAGUGUUCCUCCAACCCCACAACCAAGCAGCAGCCUUCCAACUACCACAGCUUCAAGCACGGUGAUCUACCCCAUUCCAUCUACCGCAAAGAGCCCAGAGACAGCAGUGACCACGAGGUCUCCUUCCUCCCUUACAUCACCAUCGUCAAAACCAACUCCAACCACUGCUCAGGUGACUACAGCGGCAAGCUUGACCACCGCCCCAGGCAUUUGUGAAAAUGGCGGCACCUGGGACCAGGACCGGUGCGUUUGUGUUCCUGGUUUCUCUGGAGACCGCUGUCAAGUUCCGGACACCAGAUGCCAGAACGGGGGCACGUGGGAUGGCAUCAAGUGUCUCUGCCCCAGUACCUUCUAUGGGUCUCUCUGUGAGUCUCCAGUGGAGCAGUUAGAAAUAGACACAGUGGAGACCGAAGUGGGCAUGGAGGUAUCCGUGGACCAGGAAUUCUCUCAAGACCUCAAAGACAACACUUCCAAGGCCUACAGAGAUUUCAGCAACGCCUUCCAGGGCCAGAUGCAGAAGAUUUACCAGACUGUCGAAGGGUUCCAGGGUGUGCGGAUCCUGUCCCUGAGGAGCGGCAGUGUCGUGGUAGACUACCUGGUCCUGCUGAAGCUGCCCUUCAGUCCCCAGCUGCAGGGCAAGUACGAGAAGGUGAAGACGUUGCUGAAGGAGGAGCUCCAGAGAUCCAGCCAAGAUGGUGACGGUUGUCAGGACAACCAGACCCUGUGUUUUAAGCCCGACUCCGUCAAGGUGAACAAUGGCACCAAGGAAGAAGAGCUGACCCCCAAAGCCAUCUGUCACCGAACUGCCCCCGCGGGCUAUGAGGACUUCUACUUCCCCUUGGUGGAGCUGAACAGGCUCCGCUGCGUCACCAACUGCACACCUGGAGUGGAUGGCACCAUCGACUGCCACCAGGGACAGUGUUUUCUGCAGAAGAACGGCCCAGCCUGUCGCUGCUUCUCCACAGACACCUACUGGUUCUCGGGCGCCCGCUGCGAGGUGGCGGUUCACUGGAGGGGGCUGGUUGGGGGGCUGGUGGGCGCCGCCGCUCUGCUGCUGCUGUUGCUGGUGGCCCUCGGUGUCUGGGUGGCACGCUCCCGGGGCAGGGACAAGGCGCCCCCGACCCCGGGCAGGUCCUGGAGCCAGGACAGGAAGCGGUUUGCCAUCUGGAAUGAGGGCGUCCCGGGGACUUUUUCCUGCGCGGGCUUCCUGGAUUCCCCGACGGUUAGUAACGAAAACCUGUGUGUUGACUUGGAGAAGGUGGACACCAACGCAAGGGUUCACAUCCAAAGACCGGAGGUGGCCUCCUCGCCGUCGUCCUGAGCCCUGGAGGGCCGCUUCUGUACCCCUCCACCCCGCCCUGGACGGCAGGACGGAGCCCGUUGUGCAAGAACUGGUUCCAGUACCCACACCCCCAGCUCCCAGUGUUCUUGGGGGAAAAUGUAUUCCUUUGACCUCCCGUCCUUCUCUUUGUUUGACUGAAACCCACUUGGAGAACAUAUAGUGGGCAAGUCAGUUAUCUUCUGCCUCAGUUUCUUCAUCUGUGAAAUGGGGGUGAUGCACUCACACCUUUACCCUGAAACUCGGCACAGUUACUAUGAACUUCACGUGCAUUUGGUAGAUAGUUUUUGGCCGGUCUCCACCCUCCCAUUGCUUCUCAGGUUCUCUCUCCCAUCCGACCUCAUCUCCUCCCGGUCUGUCUCUGUAUCCCAGACUGGCCUUUCACUUGCUAUGAAGUUCUGACCCUUUGCCUCCUCCCGAGUGCCAGGAUUACAGUGCUCCACUACUGCCGGCUUCUGUGGUGCUGGGGGUCGAACCCGGACUUUUGGGGGGCCAGGCAGGCAGUCUACCAAUUGAGCUUCCUCCCCAGUCCAUGGCUCUUUUGUGUUUGCAUUCCAUCGAUGUCCUAAUGUUUACCCUUCACCUUGCACCUGUGGACACCUGAACUCACACCUGUGGACACCUGAACUCACACCUGUGGACACCUGAACUCACACCUGUAGACACGUGAACUCACACCUGUGGACACCUGAACUCACACCUGUAGACACCUGAACUCACACCUGUAGACACCUGAACUCACACCUGUAGACACCUGAACUCACACCUGUAGACACCUGAUCUCUUGCCUGUAGACACCUGAACUCACACCUGUAUUCAGUCUGAACUCACACCUUUUAUAUCCUCGAACCUCGUGUCCUGGUACCUACAAACCUGCCCCCUCCUCCAUCCCAGCACCGAGCCCUGAGUCCCACAUCUACAUUCCUGGGUCCUCGUAGGGUCAGGGUGUCAUUGGGGCCCCAGUUUAUUCUCCUCAAGCCCCUGCUUCCGCAUCCGAGGCUCCACCUUCUCUUUCUACCCUUCACAUUUGCUGAAUCCCCAUAGACAGGCGUGGGGUAUGGCUUUGGCCAAGGAUGAGGGCGUGAAGCCGGCUCCCCAUCCCCCUAGCCCUCCCUUCCCACCCUCCCCAUCCUCACUACUGCUUCCUCUUUCACGUCUCUCCCUGUCCUUCCCUGAUGUCACCACGUCACUGCCGUAACCUCCGAGCCUGGAGCCCUCAACCCCCUCUGCCAGGAUGUCAGCAGGUGUCUAGUU